AUGAUUUUGUUGCUCAUCCAACUGAUCCAUUACACAGAAACCAAGAGACAACUCAGAUGGGAGUGCUUUGACUGUAAAAUAGGUCCUCAGUUUGGAGACAAAAUGAAAUGCCAAGUGGGUGGCACUAGAAACUCCGUUUUGAAUGUGGAAGUAAACUUACGGGAAGAACUUGAUGCUAUUAAGACGUAUGUGAAGAUUUCAACCAAAUUUAAGAUUACAAGUCCAUACCGAAAAUUCUUUGAUAUCACCUUUGAUGGAUGCCGCGUGAUAACUGAUAUGGUCCAAGGAACCAUGGUUUCUAAUAUGUUUAAAGCUAUUGUUCGAUCGAGUAAUCAGCCCAGAAAGUGUCCCAUAAAAAAGGGCUUGAUUUACUAUCACAACAUAAGUUUAGAGGAAGUCUUGCCCAUGUUUGUGCCCAACAGCUAUCUCUUUGUGGAGGUCGGCUUAUUUUCCAAGCGCCAAUCCUACCUAAAUGUGACUCUCAGAGGAGAGGUAUCGGAAAAAUAA